AUGAUCCUCAAUGAAACAUCAGGUUCUUUCUCCUCACCCUUUUAUCCAAGAAACUAUCCAUUUAACCAGACAUGUAGCUGGAAGAUUAUAGGGAAACAAGGAUACGGUGUUGAGCUCACAAUACCAGACUAUAAUCUGCAACGUUGUGGUGAUGCUGCUUGCUCGUGUGAUUACAUGGAAGUUCAGAAUAGCUUCAGUGAUGAAGUGCCGCCUGGAAAACUAUGUGGUACACCAAUGGAUAUUCCUGUAAAGUUUUAUUCACUGCACGAAAGCUUGAGGGUGGUGUUUGUGUCCGAUGAUGCAAACAUGGAUUAUGACGGAUUUGGGGCAACUUACAAGCUGUUGAACUACAGUCCUCCAAGUAAGUAG